AUGGCUCAUCUAGUUCGAGUCGGUUUACAGUGUUUUUCGUCACAGAAAACUCGUCUCAUCUCUCUACCAUUAAACAACAGUAUGUUUAAUCAACAGCAAACACGUUUAAUGUCAUCACAUAAGAAAGAGACAGAUGAAGAAUUUGAUUCCCGUUGGGAAACUUAUUUCAAUCGUCCAAAUAUUGAUGGGUGGGAUAUACGUCAAGGAAUAAAUCAUAUGCAUAGACUCGAUUUAAUACCAGAACCACGUAUCAUUAUAGCAUGUUUAAACGCUUGUAAACGUGUUAAUGAUCAUUCAUUAGCUGUUCGAUAUUUAGAAGCAAUCAGACAUAAAUCAACUCUAGGCUCAAAACAAAUAUGGCCAUGGAUAUUACAAGAAAUAGAACCAACACUCAAAAAACUUGGCGUAUCAACACCAGAAGAUUUAGGUUAUGAUAAACCAGAAUUGGCACUUAAAUCUGUUGAAGAAGCGUAA